AUGACCCCCAUCACCACCCUCUCCUACCCGGAGCGCCUCACCACCUUCUCCGACCACUGGGACGACUGCCUCACAACUGCCCGCCAACUUGCAGCCAUCGGCCACGUCUCAGACCGCCCACCGCUGGAAUCCCUCGAACCAGGCUCCCGCUGCAUCUCCUGCUCCCAGUUCGUGCGGAAAGAACUCAGCACGCGGGCCUUCGGCGACAAUGGCACCCAGGACUACAUGCAGCAUUUCCGCGGGUUUAGAUUCCACACGGCGCACUGUGAGAGAUUGCAAGUGCGGAUUCCGCUGGAGCCGCAGGCGUUGCUGGCGGGGUUGUAUGCGUCGCAGCUUGGGAGUCUGGUGAGUAAGUUCGAGGAGAUGGCUUCUGGUAAACCCGCGAGAGAGGCGAGCCAGCGGUUGCCGCAGACGAGUUCGUUGUUUAGUCUACCGACGGAACUACGGCUGGAGAUCUAUGCUCAGAUUCUACCGAAGCUGGAUGAGGUGACGGAGGUUUUGCCACUGAAUCGCGACUCUUCCCGCGUUAUUACACGUGCUGGCUACGAGAAAACAGGUCCACGGGAUACGACGAAGCAUAACAUCCUGCGCACCUGUCGAGCCAUCAACGACGAGGCUUCAGAUCUACUCUAUUCUCACUCGACUUUCCAAUUCGCGUCAUCGAAGACCAUGUACCUCUUCCUCCGCAGCAUCGGGAAGCGAGGUCGACAGCUUGUGCAUCUCGUCGAUGUGCAUUGCGGCAGUCGAGAAGACGCCAUGGCAUUCGCUCUACUGGCCUCCUGCGAGCAGCUGCGGGUGCUGACGAUCAGACUCCCGCGGCCGAAGAUCUUGCUGCCUAGGUCGCCGCUGUGGUGUGUUGACGGGAUGUCCGGUCUGCUUGAGCUAAGCGGACUCGAGGCCGUCAAGUUCGGCCACUGCGAGUCAGCCUUUGGCUGUAUGGACGACAGCAAACCGGAUGCAGAGGUGAUAAGGAGAGAACUUACGAGGCCGAGAGGGACAUCGGGUAGUAUUCGAACGAUCAAUGGGUGUCUUGAUGUGUGA